ACGAUUGGGUUCUUGUCCUUUAUGAGUAAAGUAAAAAGGAGAGGUUGAGAAGGAGAAGGAGAAGAAGAAGAAGAAGAAAGAAGCAAGAAGAAAGAAGAAGUAUAUAGUUUGUUUAAUUGUUUUAGAUUGCGUUGAGGUAAUAAGUUUGUUGGUUUUGUUUGGUUAUGGGCUUGUGUUGAAAAAUUUUCUACCAUGCUACCUAAGAAUUUUGACAGGGAGGCCCACCGCUGGGUUAGGUGGGCUUCGUCGGACCAAUAAGAACCCUAGGUGUUUGCAGCUGUUGUUGUUUGAAGGUCCCAUUGGGGGGUUUAUUUUUUCAGGGAGAGACAACUGGGUGUCCUCCUUCAUUCUUUUCCCCAAUUGGUUCUCCAUAUAUUCUAUGCCAAACUUGAAAAUUUGACCCUAAGAGAAGUAUCCUUUCCUGAUGCUACUUUACUUCUUCAUCACUUGUUUUCCCUUCAUCCUAUUUUUCAAGUCCCUACCUCUCAAACCUCUCCCACCAUGGGCAAGUGAGGUGAGAUUGCUGUCCCUCUGGUUUUGGAAAGAAAUUUCCCUCUUUUACUUUGCUGGGUUUUCUCUCAAGACUGGGGAUUUCCCCAGAAUUCCCACCAGAAUGUCAUUUAACAAGAUGUCUCUCACUUCAAAAGUUAACAACUUUGAGAAGGAGGCUCAAGGGAUGUCGGUGUUGGACUUGCCGGAGCUACCCUUAGAAUGCAUUCUGGAGAGGCUGCCGCCUUCGGGUCUCUGUAACAUGGCUGGGGUUUGCAGCUCUUUGAGGAGUAGGUGUACAAGUGAUCACCUUUGGGAGAAGCACAUGAAGCAGAAAUGGGGUAAACUUAUUGGUCCUGCUGCGCACAGAGAGUGGCAAUGGCAUAUUUCUUCAAGGAGAAAUUCAGGCAAUCUCAAACAGGGGAAGCACAGAGGAUGGAUGAAGCUUCUGCAAUUUGUGCGGCCUCUUUCAUGGAUUAGGUCAAGGGUUGAUGAUAGUAGCCGGCAGAGUUCUUUCCCGGUUGAUUCAGUCAUGUCUUGGUAUCUUGCUCUUGAAACUGGCAGGUUCUGGUUCCCUGCUCAGGUCUUUAACCGAGAGCAGAAUGGGCAUGUUGGGUUUAUGUUGUCAUGUUAUGAUGCAGAUCUCAGCUAUGAUCCUCAUACCGACACCUUUCAAGCCAGGUACCCUCCACAUGGAAAAAGGGCUGCUGCCAUAGAGAAUGGAGUGUCAUGGGAAAGGUUAAGACCUCCCCCAGUUGAUACUUCAUCUCAUGAUCUUCAUAUCUCUGAUUGUUUGCAUGAACUCCGCCCGGGUGAUCACAUAGAGAUUCAGUGGAGAAGAAACAAAGAGUUUCCUUAUGGUUGGUGGUAUGGUGUUGUAGGUCACUUGGAAUCAUGUGAUGGGAAUAUGAAUUACUGCCACUGUCAUAGUAGUGACACGGUGGUGUUGGAGUUCAAUCAGUACACCCCUGGCUCAAGGUGGAGGCGCACCAGAGUCAAUAGGAAAGAUCAUCAAGAGGAGGGCGAUGAAGCAGAUGGAUUUUAUGGGGGAAUACGCAAGCUUGAAACCGAGGAGGAGAUUUGUACUUGGAAGAAGCUCUGGCCAACUGCAGUCUUGGAAUAGAAUCAUAUUCUUUGGGUAAAAGAGCAAGAAGCCUAAUCUACAACGCAGCUGCUGCCGGGGAAAUGAAAAUAGGCCUUUUAAGUGGCAGACAUGGAGGUUGUUUUCUCUCCCAUUCUUUUUGUUUCAGAACAUUUUUUUUUUCUAUGGGAGAUUGUAAGCAUGGUACCAGACUUAAUGUGAAGAGCCAGAAUUUGAUGUAGUUUCCCCACAUGGUUACUGGAAGAUUUUAGGCCGGAAAUCAUUCAAGCUCCUCUGAUUGUUUGUAAACAUAUAUAUUGGUGACUGGAAGUUGUAAAUUAUGCAUUUCCCAUAUCCACUGGGAGCUUAGUUUUUUAUUAAUUGCAGCAUUCUGUUGCUUCUUUUCAGUUUUAGGAACCUGCUCAUGGAGCCACUUUGGACCCGUCAAAGCUUUUGGAAGGAUACUCCACUUGAACGCAACUAUCUCCACUUCUGGAGUCUUAUAAUUCAAAUAUAGAAGUAUCGUUCGU